AUGGAAGUGACGCGUCAUCUGAAGAUCGCGCCUGCCGUCGGUGUCGUGCUGCUGCUGAUAUCUGCCGUGGCUAGGGGAGCUCUCCUGGGGCCCGACCUCAACCGCAGAACGACAGACGUGAUGCGCUCGGUGCAGCUGGCCGUGGGGGACGAGCUCAUGGAGGAGACCGUGGACGUGGACCAGGAGAAGGGCACCGAGAUUUUCCGUACGGUCAGCUCUACCGGGACUUCCUUCGUCAUGAUGGAUGUGAAAAACGGCCUCUCAGCCUACAGGUUUGACGGCGAUGAGAAGUGCUACAUCCUCGACUCAGGCCUUGAGGAUGCCGAGGACACUGCCGAGCUGUCGGAGGACUUGGGACAGAUACAGGAGGGAGAGGUUGACCCCGCCGAACGCCUGUCAGAGACGUUUCUGUCUGUGGGCGGAGAGGGUGGCCAGGUGGAGCCGUCUGAGCUGAGUGAGAGCGUGGCGGAGUUCUGUGAGGGUCUGCAGGCCUAUAGGGCCGACAAGUCUUCCACCAGGCCUUCCCCAACCCCAGAGGAGAGUGCGGAGGAGGAGGGUCUCCCUGAACGCAAUGUCCCUCAGCAAGGGAGCAAUGCUGAGCAGGGACUUGAAAAGCGUUUCUUCGGCUUGCUGCAUAAGUUGUUCCGGAAACCUUCCUGCCAUUUCGUCACAAAAAACGUCUGCAGUCGUAAGUGCCACAAAGUGUGCGGGAAGCGUCGCCGCAGGGGUCUAGUGGAUGGCGAGCCGGAGAAGCGGUUCUUCGGUUUGGUCCAUCAUCUAUUGAAUAAGGUGACGGGCUGUAAGUCUGUUUGCAACAAUUCAUGUAGUCCUGUUAAAGUCAAGGUCUGCCACUAGGUCGCCUGUGGUGUCCUACCAAUACGAGGGGUGAUCA